AAGAAGCAACCUGUUAGAAGUUCAUCACAAAAUAAAAAUGGGGCGUGCAAGCCCCGCGCAGCGCAUGGCAACUGUGCGCGUGGCUGCGUUUCCGAGCAGCACCAGAUCCUCGUGGAAUCCGCCCCGCGCUUUUCCUUCGGCCUUCUUGCUAACUUGUUCCAACUAAGUUUAACAUUUGGAUAAGUCCCGGCGGCGCGAGGAGUGAGCGGGCUUCUUCUUGGGGGGAGAGUGAGCGCUAGGGGGCAGCGGCUGAUGGUGGGGCUGGCCGGGUUGCCAGGAGGACAGAGGCGCUGGGCUCGGAUGAGCAACAGAGGCUGCGGGAGGAAAGGCGGCUCGACGGGAGCGGCCUGGAGUUAGGCAGGGGUCCUCCACCCCGUCCUCUCUUCCUGACCGAUCGCAGGCCCAUUUCCCUCAUUCGGCCGCCUUGGGCUUCAUUCGUUUGGGUUUUGUCUCCUGGUCGCAAGCGGAGCCCGUUCUUGGGUGUGCUCUCCAUCCACUGAGCCCGGCGCUAAGUUGCCCCGAUGAGGCUGUGGGGUUUGCUGCUGGCAGUACUGGGGGGAGUGAUGUGCCAAGAGCCUGAGCCCCCCCAUGGUUGUUCCCAAGGCAGCUGCUACCCAGCCACGGGAGAUCUGCUUGUAGGCCGGGCCGACCGCCUCUCUGCCACCUCCACCUGUGGUCUGCGACGUCCCCAGCCCUACUGCAUUGUCAGCCACUUGCAGGAUGAGAAAAAAUGUUUUACGUGUGACUCCCGUCGGCCCUAUGACCCUGUGUCAAAUCCCAAGAGCCAUCGCAUUGAGAAUGUGAUCACUGCCUUUGCACACUAUCGCAAGAAGGCCUGGUGGCAGUCAGAGAAUGGUGUGGAACAGGUCAGCAUUCGCCUGGACCUGGAGGCUGAGUUCCACUUCACUCAUCUCAUCAUGACUUUCAAGACUUUUCGGCCAGCAGCCAUGUUGGUGGAGCGUUCAGCAGAUUUUGGGCGCACCUGGCAGGUGUACCGCUACUUUGCCUAUGACUGUGCUGCAUCCUUCCCGGUGGCCCCCCGUGGCCCCCUGAGGCGGGUGGAUGAUGUCAUCUGUGAGUCACGUUACUCAGACAUUGAGCCCUCUACUGAGGGAGAGGUAAUCUACAGGGUGCUGGACCCGGCCAUCCACAUUCGUGACCCCUACAGUCCAAAAAUUCAGAAUCUCCUGAAAGUCACCAACCUGCGGGUGAACUUGACCAAAUUACACACACUGGGCGACAACCUGCUGGACUCACGGCGGGAGAUCAAGGAGAAGUACUACUAUGCGGUUUACGAGAUGGUGCUGCGUGGCAACUGCUUCUGCUAUGGGCACGCCUCAGAGUGCGCUCCACUUGCAGGCAGCCCUGCUGAUGUAGAGGGCAUGGUGCAUGGCCGUUGCGUCUGCAAGCACAACACAAAAGGACUGAACUGUGAGCAGUGCGACAGCUUCUACCAUGAGCUUCCCUGGCGACCAGCCGAGGGGCGUCGUACCAAUGCCUGCAAAAAGUGCAACUGCAACGAGCACUCUCACCGGUGUCACUUCGACAUGGCGGUGUUCCUGGCCACGGGCAACAGCAGCGGCGGAGUCUGUGACGAGUGCCAGCACAACACCAUGGGCCGCCACUGCCAACUCUGCAAGCCCUUCUACUACAAGGACCCCACCAAGGACAUCCGUGACCCCAAUGUGUGCCGUGCUUGUGACUGUGACCCUGAUGGCACAUUAGAUGGCGGUGUGUGUGACACACAUGAUGACCCAAGUCUCAGGCUGAUCGCAGGACAGUGUCGCUGCAAGGAGCACGUGCAAGGAGUGCGCUGCGACAAGUGCAAGCCUGGCUUUUUUGGACUGAGCGUGGAAAAUCCUCAAGGCUGCCAGCGUUGCCAGUGCGACCCACGGGGGACUGUGCAGGAAGGACCCCUGUGCGAUGCCAUCACAGGGGACUGCAUCUGCAAACGGCUGGUGACCGGUCGCAGCUGCAACCAGUGCCUGCCUGAACACUGGGCGCUGAGCCCCGGCCUUCACGGCUGCCAGCCUUGCGACUGCGAUGUAGGGGGCGCCCACGACAACCAGUGCUCCAUGGAAAUGGGGCAAUGCCGCUGUCUCAGCCACAUGGUGGGCAGGCAGUGCAACCAAGUACAGACAGGCUACUACAGCAUUGCACUAGAUCACUACACCUAUGAGGCUGAGGAGGCACGACUUCGCCAGGGAGCUGAAGUGGUCGAGCGAGUGCACCUCACAGGCCGCCCCACCACAUGGACGGGGCUUGGUUUUGCACGAGCAUUGGAGGGCAGCAUAGUGGAGUUCCACAUCAACAAUAUCCCCUUCUCCAUGGAGUAUGACAUCCUGCUGCGCUAUGAGCCUCAGCUGCCUGAAAAAUGGGAGGAAGUGAAAGUGUCUGUGGUUCGACCAGGGCCCAUCCCCACCAGCAGCCCGUGUGGAAACACCAUCCCUGCCGAUGAUCUGAUGUCUACACCUCUGUCACCCACAUCUCGGUAUGUGGUGUUGCCGCAGCCAGUCUGUCUGGAGCAAGGGGUCAGCUAUACCAUCCGGGUGGAAUUCACCCGCUAUGGAGGACGUGACCAUUUGCAAGGCGCUGCAGUCCUGUUGGAUUCUCUGGUACUUAUGCCACGUUACUCCUCCCUGGAGAUGUUCAUUGCUGGAGACGCCUCCUCCAUUGCCCGCAAGGAGAGCUUUGAGCGCUACCGCUGUGUCCAACAAGCUCGGCCCGUGGUUAAGAUGCCUGCCCCAGAGCCUUGCGUCAACUUGCUCACCAGCAUGUCAGCCGUCAUCCACCAGGGAGCACUGCCUUGCCGGUGCAACCCCCAGGGAUCGCUGAGCUCCGAGUGCAACCCAUUGGGUGGACAGUGCCAGUGCAAGCUUCAUGUCAUAGGCCGCUGCUGUGAACGCUGCUCUCCUGGCACCUUUGGCUUUGGGCCUGCUGGCUGCAAAGCAUGCCAGUGCAACAGCGAAGGGUCCUUGAGCAGUUUCUGCAACAACUUCAAUGGGCAGUGCCCGUGCCGGCCGGGAGUCUUUGGGCCUCGCUGUGACCACUGCCAGCCUGGACACUGGGGUUUCCCAAACUGUCGCCCGUGCCAGUGCAAUGGGCGCGCAGAGGAAUGUGACCCACAGACGGGCAGCUGUUUGCACUGCAGAGGCCACACAGAGGGAGAGCGAUGCCAGAGCUGUGCAUCUGGAUAUUAUGGGAACCCAGUGCUGGCCUUGGGUGGCCAUUGUCGCCCCUGCCCCUGCCCUGAGGGACCUGGCUCUGGACGCCAUUUUGCUUCUGCUUGCCACCAAGACAGCCGGUCUGGGACAGUCAUGUGUAGUUGCCUCGAAGGCUAUACAGGCCCACGCUGCGACGAGUGUGCUCCAGGUUACUAUGGCAACCCUUGGCAGGCCAGGGGGCGAUGCCAGCCUUGCAUGUGUAACAGCAACAUAGACAUGCGAGAUCCAGCAUCAUGUGACCGACGCACAGGCCAGUGCCUGCGAUGCCUCUACCACACUGAGGGAGACCAGUGCCAGCACUGCCAAAGGGGCUACUAUGGCGAUGCCACCCGACGCACUUGCCGCCGCUGCACCUGUAACUUCCUGGGGACGGUGCGCAACGAGUGCCCAUCGCGGGAGCAGUGCCAGUGUGAGCGGCGCAGUGGGCAAUGCCGGUGCUUGCCCAAUGUGCAAGGGCGGAACUGUGACCACUGUGCCCCCAACUUCUGGAACCUAGCCAGCGGCCAGGGCUGCCAGUCCUGUGACUGCCACCCCCACUACGCCCUGAGUCCUGCUUGCAAUCAGUUCACAGGGCAGUGCCAGUGUCGGCCAGGGUUUGGGGGCCGCACCUGCUCGGAAUGCCAGGAGAACCACUGGGGUGAGCCCAGCCAGCAGUGCAGGCCUUGUGACUGUGACCCACGUGGGAUCGAGAAGCCACAGUGCCACCAUGUCACUGGGCACUGCUCCUGCCGUCCAGGUGUGUCCGGGGUGCGCUGUGACCAGUGUUCCCGUGGUUUUGCUGGUGAAUACCCUGCCUGCCAGCCAUGCCAUCAGUGCUUUGGGGACUGGGACCGCAUUGUACAGGAUUUAGCUGCCCGCACCCGCAGCCUGACACAGCGGGCCCAGCAACUCCACCAGACAGGCCUCACUGGAGCCUUUGAGGGCACCUUCCGCCGACUCCAGAACAAGCUGAGUGCUGUCCAGGCCAUUGUCAAUGCCCGCAAUGCCACUGCCAGUGCCAUCACCCGCCUCUUGCAUGGCAUGGAUGAGCUGCGGCAGGAGAUAGCCGAUGUGACAGAAACACUGACCCACCUGGAGGGAAUGCUGACAGCCACCCAGGACAAGAACUUCAAUGCCAACCAUGCCUUGGGCACACUGGAGCGUGCCACUCGUGGCCUCAACCUCAGCCUGGCAGACCUGGCCCGCCAGAUGGAUGCACUCAUCAAUGCCAAUGUGUUGGGUGCCUAUGACAGUGUCCACCAAUCCUAUGUGCAGUCUCAAGAAGCUGAGCGCCGGGUCAAUGCCUCCACCCUGGCUGUGCCCAGUCCUGUCAGCCAAUCAGCUGCUUCCCGGCGUCGCACAGAACAUCUGAUGACGAUACGGAGAGACACUUUCAAUAGGCAGAAUGCAGCCAACCGUCAAGGACUGACAGACCUAUCACGACGCAUUGGAGGGCUGAGCUUGCAUCGGAUCAAUGAGAAGGUGUGCGGGGCCCCUGGGGAUGCUCCCUGUGCCAGCAGCCCCUGUGGAGGGGCUGGUUGCCGUGACGAAGAUGGCAAGCGGCACUGUGGGGGCCUCAACUGCAACGGGGCUGUAGCCACUGCGGACAAUGCACUGGACCGCGCACGCCACGCUGAAGGGGAGCUGCGCCGUGCUGUAGCCGAUGUGGAUCUCCUGCUGCGUCAGGUGGCAGACGCUAAGGCACGGGCAGGUGAGGCAAAGCAGAGAGCACAGGUGGCUUUGGAGAAUGCCAAUGCCACCAAAGCUCGGCUGGAGCGUUCUAAUAAGGAGCUGCGAGACCUCAUCCAGCAAAUCAAAGGAUUUCUGAAUCUCGAGGGGGCUGAUCCUGACAGUAUUGCACUGGUGGCAUCCCGUGUGUUGGAACUCUCCAUCCCAGCAUCCCCUGCACAGAUACACCAUCUCGCUGAGGAGAUCAAGGAGCGGGUCAGCAGCCUGGCCAAUGUGGAUGCCAUUCUGGACCAAACAGCAGGAGAUGUGCGUGUGGCAGGCCAGCUGCUGCAGGAUGCACGGCGUGCCAAUGCUCGAGCAGAGAGCGUGAAGAAUGCAGCUGAAGCGGUGAAAGCAGCUCUUGAUGAUGCCAAACGCGCCCAAACAGCUGCAGAGACAGCCAUCCAUAAUGCAGCCACCGAUAUCUACCAUACGGAAAAUGUUGUGAGCAGGAUCCAGGAAAAGACUGCAAGUGCUGAAGGUCAACUGGCUGCAGCCCUGGAACGGGUGGGCCACCUUGACAAGCAGGUAGAUGCCCUCAAGAUGAAACGGGCCAACAACAGCCUGGCAGCCACACGAGCUGAAGAGACAGCCAGUGCUGCCAGAGACCGAGCUGAGGAAGCAAAACUGGCACUGGAGACCCAGCUGAGUGACCGGUACCAAACCGUGAAGGAGCUGGUGGAACACAAGGCUCAGCACGUACUGCGGGCCCGGCAGAAAGCAGAGCACCUGCGAGAUGAAGCCAAGGGGCUGCUGCGUGAUGCUCUUAAAAAACUGCAGCUCCUGACAGCACUGGAAGAAACAUAUGAGGAAAAUGAGAGGCAGCUACAAGAGAAAGCAGCCCAGCUGGAUGGGCUAGAAGCCAAGAUGAAGGGCAUCCUGGGAGACAUCAACCAGCAGAUCCAAAUCUACAAUACCUGCCAGUGAUGUACCGUAUCCUGCUCCCCCUGUGCCUUACCUAGGAGCUUAAAGAAUUCUUGGCAGUGGCCGUCUAACUAGCUACCACCUGGCACAGUAUUUCCUGUUGCCAUUCCUCCCCAAUUUGCUUGCCAUGGGUCAUCAUAGUCUGCUUCCAGGUCCCCUCAUGCCCCUAUAAAGCACAGCACUGCACUUAGGAGAAUACCUCCCUGCUAGCAUUUGUCACACCAAAUACUGAAUAUAACAGCAGCACUUGGAUGCCAAACAAAAGAUUCCCAUUCUGAUUUAUCCCACUUUCUUUUCUGUUGUUUUUGAAACAACAUAGAGCAACAUCACUGCCUCAGCCAGAACAGGAACUGCGUUGCCUGAGGAGGGAUGGGGGUCAGAUGAGAUUAAUGCAUUGGCAUGUUUGUUACACAUGAUCUACUACAACCAGGGUGGGUUGCAUCUGUGUGAGAAUAAAGACUCAAAGUGGCACUGCUCUCUGCA